CCGCAGAGCAGGAGGGCGGGACGCUGUUCGCGCGCUACGUGCAGAAACACUGUCGUCGCCGCACCGGAACAUUUCUGCGAGACAGACUCGUGUGUGUGUGUGUAUAAGUGAGGGUGUGUGCAUGUGUAUGUGUGUAUAUGUUUCUCUCUUGCUGAACCUCGAGGAAGCUCCGACAGCUGCGACUUUCAUCUUCACGCGCUAACAUUGAUGAUUAAAGCGGUUGGGAAGAAGUGACGCGAUGCGCGCGGUUUCGCUUUAUCUUCAGCGUUAAGCAGCGCGCGUGCGCGCACACGUGCACACACACACACACACACACCGAGCGACGGGUUGUGUCUGUGAUUCAGAGACAGAGUGGCAUUUAAAUACACAGCUUGGAAGAAGAAGAGGCAGUAGAAGAAGGGAAUCUAAAGGAAGAAGAAGAAGAAAAGCUCUGGAGCAGAAAAGGAUCUACAGCUCAGAAAGUUCUGGUUUCCUCAGUGGAAAUGUGACGAAAGCUCCCGUCAACAAUCUUCCUCCAUUCCUGAAGUGGUUCCUGUAUUGCAUACACACCUAAAAAGGACAUCCAUGACCUUGGAUUUCCAGCACGACAGUUUCAGGAUGCCGAAUAUAGGAUUUCAGAACCUCCCCCUCAACAUCUACAUAGUGGUGUUCGGAACCGCCAUCUUCGUCUUCAUCCUCAGCCUUCUGUUCUGCUGCUAUCUGAUACGGUUACGGCACCAGGCACACAAGGAGCUGUAUGCCUAUAAACAGGUUAUUCAGAAGGAAAAAGUCAAAGAGCUAAACUUGCAUGAGAUCUGCGCCGUGUGCCUGGAGGAGUUCAAGCAGAAAGACGAGCUGGGGAUCUGCCCGUGCAAACAUGCCUUUCACAGGAAGUGCCUCAUCAAGUGGUUAGAGGUAAGGAAGGUGUGUCCUCUGUGCAACAUGCCUGUCUUACAGCUGGCACAGCAGCAAGGAACCCCCGAGACCACGGCUCUGACACAGCAACCCCUGCCUGGGGUGGAGAACCUGGUGUAGCCUCCAUGUCCUCGUCAUUUCCUCUUCCUCCUCCUACCUCCACCCUUAAUGGCUCUACUGUACCGGUACACAACAACAACAACAACAACAAGCGGUGAUGUCCUGCUUUUUGCACCUCGGCAGAUCGGACGGAACCAUGAUGGCCGACGUUUCCCAUCCAAGAUCAACCCAACCAGUGGAGAUCUGGACUGUUCCACACCAAAGCACUUUUCUGCGGACACCAAGAGGCGCAACUCGGACUAUUUAUAAAAGUGACAGAAAACAAUUCACGAUUCACAGAAAGUGUUUAUUACUUUUUUUUGUUUAUUUUUAACAAGCACUUUACUCGGACUUGACCUUAAUCUUAAUGGCUUGUGAAGAAGAUGGUAGCAAGUUUUGUAUUAUUUCAAUUAACUGUAUCUAUUUUUUCUUGAGUGAUGUAAACAGAGCGGCAGAAUCGCGAAUGGUUAAACGAAUACCACGUGAUAAAAAAGGGGCGAGUUUUCGCGAUGCAGAAGAGAUUGUAGGAAGCAAUUCCUCGUCCAUGAAGAUCUUGAAGCAGAAAGUUUCAGUUUAGCGCCGGUGUCGUAGUGCACUAGGAAGGCAUCCUAGGUGGAUAGAAGUAGCUCUUCUGGGCUGAUCCGAGACCAGUUUUGUGGUCAUAUUAUACUUCUUGUAUCAGGGCAGAUGAGCAUCCGAUUGGUAGAAGAACUCAACCAAUUUGGCUGACCAAAUGUGAAUUAGAAGUUCAACAACAAAGGAAAAACAUAACGAUACAAACUUUCUGUCACUAGUUUCUACUCGGUAGUCAGUCAGUUAGCAGCAGCAACACGUCCAAACACAACUCAUCAAUAUCCUUACACUGGUCCAAUAUCAGACCACUCAUUUGCUCAAACAAAAAAAAAGAACACUAUCUUCUGUAUCCCAAAAACUGUGCUGUUCUGAAGCUACUGAAAACAUUUCAGUGUCAAUUGAGACUGAAGAUUCAGGAAUCAUGUUCACUAAACAGAUUCACGAAUCUGAUUUGCUAAACAGAUUCACCAAACAGAUUAACGAAUCAGAUUCUUUAAAAAGAUUCACGAAUCAGAUUCACUAAACCCCUGAACUAAGACUGAACUAAGAUCAUUCCCGUUUAUAAGCUCAUCUGAUUUCAUCUGAUGUCAAUGAACAUUUUCUACAUUUCAUUCGAGACUCAUUCAGUAUUUUAGUGACGAACAAAAAUCGCUAGUUGUUCUUGUAACGUGUAAAGUGUAAAUAGUGGAGAAGAGGAAUGAAAAUUUGUUGUAAAGGAGAAACGCUUAGCAAGCACUUUGUCCAUUUCAGUUUGGAGGCGUUUCAAAAAUCAUACGUCGUUAUGUCGUAAAUCGCGACAUUUUUCAGUUAUUCCGAGUUACAGUAGGUUACAAACAGGAGUAUGCGAUCAUGUUAGCAUGUACAGAAUCAAGAAUCAGCUAGCUCUUAGGAAAGAACUCGACUUGAGGAAAGAUUUUUCCAGCAGAAGCAGAAAACUUGUGUCCAGUCAGACACACUGACCCCAACAAUCUAAACACUACACUAAACAUAAAAACUAGCGCUCAAGUUAAAUCGGUCACAUGACCACCCUAGAGGAACCCGCAUCCAUGUGUCUGGACAGUGACGAGCCGGAGAGCAAGGUUCUAGCAUGGCUCAGCAUGUCUAAAAAAAAAAAAGAUGGAAAAAAAGGGUUCCAGCACUUUGUAUGUGAUACACAAAGAGCUGUAAAUGCAUUAAGCGCAUUUGGCUGCAGCACUUCAGUCAGCAGGUUGCACCUUUAUUGAAUCUGCGUUCUGGUGCUUUCCCUUUGGCUGCAUUGUUCCUGCUGGAAAGUGCUGCGUUGGCCACUUUCAAUGGAGGUCAGAGGCUUUAAAUAGAUCUUCUGGGUUAAAAUUUUAUGAAAGCAGAAGGCUUUCUUUGUCGCAGUGGUGGCAGCUCUGCCCAUUUCAGUGCUGCGUGUCUAAUUCCGGUCUCAAUCCCAAUCCUUUUCAGGAGAGAUGUUGGGAUAAUCUUUCCGACGUUUUCCGAUUGUGGUAUACGGAUGUACGCUGUCCAGGUUUGAAAAAGAAUGUACGCUCAUUUGACACUAACCCCAGCACCGGUGCAACUUCUUCUUCUUGUCUUCAACGAUCCAGAUAACACUUUCACUCUCAGCUAUAAUCCCAUGAAAAGAAGAACUGGUACAGAAGAAAUGAAAGGAGUCUUAAGUGUUUAAAAUGCAGGAAGUGAUGUCCCUAAUGUCUGUGAUACGAUAACUGUGUAAAAGUACAUCGGGUCUUUCACAUAUCUGUGAGGAACGUUGUGAGGAACCUGUCGAGCCUCGACACACCAAGCCGACCGAGACGCUGUCGCUAAGAAGAUGUAGCGCCGUUCUCAGCCAAUCGCAGCAUGAAUUCCUGUGGAGAUGUGGGCGGGGCUUUUAAGUUGUUGCGUCGGUGAUGUGAGUCAUGUUAAGACAUGACGUACGACGUAACUGGAAGUUUUUCUUUCACGCUCUCGUCAUACGAUAUAAUAAGUUCACUUUAUUCAUAUUAUUACAGAUUACAAACACAAAAUAAUACAUUUCUUGACGUUGUAAUCAACACAGAAGUGGACACUACUGCCCCCUGCUGGUUUUCUUCAAUCGCUCGUCUUCACAAAAGAUGACAGAUAUUAAGUCUGUCGUCAUAUUGUUACUAUUAUAAACUGUGCACUGCCCCCUGCUGGUGUGUAGAGAUAUGUCUUUUCCUCCAGUAUUCCUGUACGUCUUAGCUCCGCUUUAAUAUUAGUGCAGCUUGAUGUUAUUAUUUAUAAUAUUAUUAUUUAUGAUCACGCACACAGAUUACACACUACUGCCCCCUCCUGGUGUAGCGAGCAGGUGCAAAACAUUUUCACGCUUCGUUUGUCGUAGCGUUAUGGAGGUGUCUCGGUCCACGCCGGGUGUCCGGCAAUGACUCGGUGUGUCUCGGCUCUUAUUUGAGAUUUGAGUUAAAUGUCACUCCUCAUCUUCACACAAAGUACACAACUUUAAUAAUAUAAUCUAGAGCAGAGUCGAUUUUAAAUUGUUUGAGUGGUUAAUCGUCCAGAUUGUAGGCUCCGGCCUUAAUAUUGUAUAGUUCUUAUCUUCUCUCCCCGUCCUGUCCUGUCCUGUCCCGUCCCUCCUGGUUGGUGGUGUACAGUGUUUUCUUGCGUCCCGCCUCGUCACGCCGUGUGUUUGACCCCUUAACCCUCGCACUCACACACUCGCCCCCUGUGUUUAACACUGAUAAUGUUUGUGAUGCUCACAGACAUGGUUGUAAAACUAAGAAUUCUGCAGCAGAAUAAUUUUUUUUGGAGACAUUCUUGCUUGUACAGUAUUUGUAAGCUCUAUUUUUGUAUAUUUAAUUGACAUUUUGGAGAAAAUAAAAAGAGAAAAAAAGACGGAUGUCCUUUUAUUUCGUUUCUCGUUUUGCUAAUUUUGUUUUAUUCAUUUAAAAAAAAAAAGAAAUGUUGCAUGUGAUUGACUUGAAUUGUAAAUAAAAAAUUACCA